UCUCUCUAGCUGAAGUAAUGAUGCAAAACCCACUUUCUCCAUAUCCCCAGUUGCACGAAAGUGUUUCAGGACAGACUAGAACAUAAGCUGCAGGAUCUAAUUCAAAAGGAGACAGUAAAUCGACAGCCAUUUGUGAACCAGACUUAUGCCAGUUUCUAAUGACAAAAUACCUUUGUUCUAAAAUGAAAUGUCAGCACCAUUUGAUGAUGGUGCUGAUUGUGUCAUGGAGUGGUGGCGGCUUUGCAGCAUAUGAGUGGAACAACAAUGACAUGGCCAUCCAACAUGUGGCUGCAUUUUUGCACAACAACCCUCAUUUGAAGCAACUGUGUUUGAAGGAUGAUGGUUGUCCUUAUAAGGAGGGGUUGAGGUCAAGUGUUGGAGAAGGGAACUGCUGGGGGUAUGAAAAUGACUGCAACAAUGCGGACAAGCUGCCAGACUGUCCUGGUGAUAGUCAGAACUGGGCACCAGACAAAACAAGCCAGAAACAGGAAUUUUGGAAUACAGCAGACUUUGGUUAUGUCCAGCAACACAGAAAGGAAAGAAAAUUGUAUUGUCGACCUGGAAAGCCAGAUGACUCCAGCCUGGAGUGUACAGAUCAUCUACGCAUGUGUCAUGCCUCCAACAUUUUUAUUGAUCUGUCUACUGCAGGUCUGUCACACUCCACUAACCCAUAUCGAGAAGAUGUUUUGAAGAAAAACCAGAUUGGGGGUCAUUGUCACUUAAACAAAGAGCUGCUACAAUCACAGCUUGAUCACAAAAGUCCUCUACAGUCCUGGGCUGCAGAGAUGGAGCAUUACACAGAACUGGUGGAUCUAAAAUGUGAUAUCUUCAUUUCCAGACCCACAUAUCUCAUCAAACUAGAUGCCACUGUCAACAUGUACCACCAUUUCUGUGACUUUGUUAACCUAUACAUAUCUCAACAUAUCAAUAAUUCCUUCAACUUGGAUGUCAAUAUUAUUAUUUGGGACACGAGUGGUCACAACAUGAACCCAAUGUUUAUAGAGACAUGGAAAGCUUUCACAAAACAUCCACUGAUGCUUCUGAAGGAUUUUGAUGGGAAAAGGGUGUGUAUCAAGCAGGCUGUCUUUUCUUUGCUGGCUCGUAUGCGGCGUGGUCUUUACUACAACAUGCCUCUAAUUCCUGGUUGCUAUGGAAGCAGUUUGAUCAGAUCAUUUUCUCAUCACCUCAUCCACCGUCUGCGUAUCCCUCAAAAUGGACCUCUGGAAAGUAAGAUACGUGUCACUCUUUUGACCAGAUCAACACAGUAUCGACAAAUUUUAAAUCAAGAUCAGCUUUUGCGAUCACUUCAAACUGAUGUCGAGAUGGAGGUUCAGCAGGUAGACUUUAACAGAACAGUACCAUUCCUGAAGCAGAUUGAGAUCUCACACAACACUGACAUCUUGAUCGGCAUGCAUGGUGCAGGACUCACUCAUAUGCUUUUCCAGCCAGACUGGGGAGUUAUAUUUGAAUUGUACAACUGUGAAGAUGCUGGGUGUUAUUUGGAUUUAUCUCGACUGCGGGGAAUUAGGUACCUGACCUGGAAAAACAAACAGCUGCUGACUCAAGAAGAUGAGGGCCAUCAUCCCACACUUGGGGCACAUGCUAAGUUCACUAACUAUGCUUUUGAUGUGGAUGAGUUUAUGAGAUUGGUUCGCCUAGGAGCUGCUUAUGUUAAGCACCAUCCGGCUUUCCAUGCAGCACACACAGCCAGGUUCUUUUCCACGGAGCUUCAGCAGGAGAAACAGCAUCAGGACUCCAUCACCCUGCAAAAACAGUAUCAACAGCAUAAAGAAAAUCAUGGCAUCUCUGGUUCUAUACCACCUGAAAAACUGAAUUCUUUUCCUCGGGACGAUUUGUGAACUUGCUGUUUGCUGUUUGAUAGGGAAUGGUGGAAAAGAUUGGAGUAGAUAAUUAAAAUUACCUUUAGACUGAAUGUGUGUGUGGUAAAACAUAAUUAUCAAACAGUUUAUUAUGUGUAGUUGACACAAAUCAUGAAACUAAAAGAUGGAAGCUGGCCAGUAAAAGAAAUGUUUUCUGAAGUGAGAGAAGACAGGAUUAUUUUAGAGAAUGUGUGUAUAGUUGACUUCAUGUAGAAGCGGUCUAUACGGUAAAGGAAGCCUUGUGUGUAAUACCUGAACAAAGUGAAGGAAGACUGUAACAUCCGUGUAUAAUGUUCAUGAAGAGAGUGAAGCAAAAGCGCUUGUUAAGGUAGGGUGUUCUGCUGACAGUGCUUUGUUCCCUCCACACUCUCCCACCCCUGUACAAGCCCAAGGGCUUGGUUGCUGUAAGGUGACUUUAGUUCUGAUCACCCAAGUACGAGAGAAGUACCACUUUGUUGCUAGGUGUUUCAAUCCCACUGGUAAGCAGCUCACAUCACUCAACUCUUCUCUACCCCCACCAUACGGAGUUAGGUGUUAGUAGGCUAGGUAGGUUAGAAACAGUAGUUGUAUGUGAAAAUCAUGUCAAUAAAUCUAAGUCUUUGAACUUACCUGUGUGAGUAUGUCACUGUGCAGGAGUGCAAGCGUGUUGUACGUGUGUCCUCAUCGUGUGAAUGAGGUGAACGAGUAUCACUAGAGUUAAAGAGAUUUGUAUUGUCCGUAGUUGUGACACUGAGAACACACAUGGAGAUCCGUGGGGUUGAACGAUGCACCGUAGAAAACACACAUUUGUCUGGGAAAAAGCAUUUGAUUAUUCCAAGGUGGGCUAAGUGCGGGUGUGUAGUAGAUGGAAAAAGAACUACACAACGCAAAGUAGAUUGGAUAACACACUUGACGAAAGAGAAUUUUAGCAGAAAAUUCCCUUUGGGAACUUGCAUCCUCUUCCCUGGAACACCAAAGAGGAACGGACUGAUUGGCCCUAGGCUUGCAGUGUUAACCUAAGCAAGAAAGCAGAUCAGUCCGGCUACAACUAAAAUUAAUGUAUAACAUUGAGGAAGACUGUAAAUCCAGGUAUAAAGUGAAGAAAGACUAACAUCCGUAUAAGGUGAAGGAAGACUGUAAUAUGAGAGGAUGAAGUGGAGAGUGCAUAGUUCUUGGGAAGGGGAGGGAGAGAUUUUGUGAAAGAAGCUCAUACAAUUUAUACUGCUUUUGCCAUUAUUUAUACAGACACACACAUGAAGCAAUAAAAAUAGAAGCUGUUGUUUAUUAUUGUAUAGCUCACAUUAUCGUUAGUUUUCCUGUCCCUCAUAUGCUGGCCAUGUCUCCUUGUUCUUAUGCGCUAAGAGCAUGCUCCUGAGGAAUGUGAGUAUGCGCUUUACAAAUUUUGCAUUUAUUAUUAGUAUAUCUGUUGUGAGAAGUCAUGACACAUGCACAAAUAAUAAUAAAUAAAUUAAAAGUGCAUGCGUUGAUAACAAUAAAUCUGUGUGUGUGUGUGCAAUAAUAAUGUAUAACAGUUCUAUGAGUAUAAACAAUGGGCUAGAGAGAAAGUCUAUCGUGCAUGCAUGCAUAGGUUACAUGUUUGUUAUUCGCAGAUUAACAUUUGCAGUCAUCAGUGUGGUAAGAAGCUCUAAUGUGCUGCAUCUGAUUAUUUAUGGAUGCAGCGUGUAAUGUACUGGUGGAUUUUUCAUCUGAUUAUUUAUUGAUGCGUUGUGUAGUGCACCUUUUUUCUAUCAACAGCAUAAUCCUAUUACAUCAUUUCAAUGUAUUGUAUGAAAUCAGAAUUAAUCAUUCAAUAAUAUGUGACCUU